GGGAUCCCGGCACGGCCCAAGGCUCCGGUGGCCGGAUAGCGGGGGAUGCCUCGCCGGGGGCGGAGGCGGCGGCGACGUCGGCGUCGGUUAGGAAGACGGUGAAGAUGUCAGAGACCUGCGACUUCAUCCCCUACGGUGACGACGACGACGGCGGCGGCAGCGAAGAGGAUUCUUCGGCGCUGCCGCCGGCCGACAGCGCCGGCUCGUCGGACGUCCCGUGCGACGGCGGGAUGCACGACACGCCCGAUUACAUCAGGAGGGGCGCCGCCAGGAACAGGAUCGCGCCGCUCGAGCUCUUCUCGGCCCCGUCGCCGCAGGACCCGCCUCCUCCGGCCAAUGGCGAUGCCGGCUUAGAUGCCUCCAACGAUGGCGUGGCCGAGUCGGAGGUCGGUCCGGAAGGCAUCUCUCCCGUCAUAGGCGCAGGUGGAGCGCUGGACACCGCCAUGGGUCCUCAAAGCGUGCACGAAACACUGCACGCCGAGGAGAAUGAGGGGAAGUGUAGUUGCUGUGGCCAGCUCAAGCAGGAGUACUCUCUGCUUCUGAGGGAGAAGGAAGAGUGCAGGAGAGUUUUGGAGGACUUGAUGAGGGAGAACGAGCUCAAGAGCAAGGAAUGCCACGAGGCUCAGGCGUCCCUGCACGAGCUGAGAAUGGAACUGAUGCGAAAGUCGAUGCAUGUCGGCUCAUUGGCAUUUGCUGUGGAGGGACAAGUAAAAGAGAAGAGUCGCUGGUGUCUGUUGUUGAAUGAUUUGAGCGAGAAAUUUAAGGUAACUGGUUCAUUAUUCAAAUUUUGUUUCCUAUGCACAAAUAGUAUAAUUGUGUGGGAAGUCAAAGCACCACAUCUUAUUUUAUUUUAUUUUAUUCAUAAAAAACUACAGGCGUUGAAGACAGAGCACCAGAAUUUACUACAAGAAUCGGUAGAGUGCAAAAAGUUUGUGGCAGAUGCUACGCAAAUGACUAUGACAAUCCGACAAUAUGUGAGCCAAUAUGCAAGUUUGGAGUGCGAGUUUAAGGACCUCAAAGAUAAGUUCACUGAGGAGACAAAGGAACGCAAAGAUCUUUACAACAAGCUUAUAGAGCUCAAAGGUAAUAUAAGAGUGUUUUGCCGUUGUCGGCCAUUAAAUGGUGAAGAAAUAGAAGAAGGAGCUUCAAUGGCAGUUGAUUUUGAAUCUGUGAAAGAUGGCGAGAUCAUUGUUAGAGGGCAUGUAUCUUCGAAAAAGGUUUUCAAAUUUGAUUCUGUCUUCAGCCCUGAAGAGGAUCAAGAAAAGGUUUUUGAGAAAACUGCGCCUUUUGCAACUUCAGUGUUGGAUGGGUACAAUGUCUGCAUAUUUGCUUAUGGACAAACAGGGACGGGUAAAACAUUUACAAUGGAAGGAAUUGAAGGUGCUCGAGGUGUUAACUACAGGACUUUAGAAGAACUCUUUCGAAUUAUCAAAGAAAGACAAGGCCUUUUCCAAUAUGAGAUUACUGUCAGCGUUUUGGAAGUGUACAAUGAACAGAUUCACGAUUUGCUUCUGACAGGGACUCAGCCAGGUGCAACAACAAAAAGGCUAGAAGUAAGGCAGGUUGCAGAAGGAGUUCAUCAUGUACCAGGACUUGUUGAAGCACGCGUGAAUAAUAUGAAUGAGGCCUGGGAGGUCCUGCAAACUGGAAGCAAAGCUAGAGUUGUUGGUUCAACGAAUGCUAAUGAGCAUAGCAGCCGAUCACACUGUAUGCAUUGUGUGAUGGUCAGAGGAGAAAACCUGAUGAAUGGGGAACAAACCAAAAGUAAAUUGUGGUUAAUUGACCUUGCCGGGAGUGAGCGGGUGGCAAAGACAGAUGCCCAAGGAGAACGGCUGAAAGAAGCUCAGAAUAUUAACAAGUCCCUUUCUGCGCUUGGAGAUGUUAUAUCUGCUCUUGCAACCAAGAGCCAGCAUAUACCUUUCAGGAACUCAAAGCUAACACACUUGCUGCAGGAUUCGCUAAGUGGAGACUCCAAGACUUUGAUGUUUGUUCAGAUCAGCCCAAAUGAGAAUGAUGUGGGUGAAACUCUUUGCUCGCUCAACUUUGCGAGCAGAGUGCGGGGAAUAGAGCUUGGACAGGCAAGGAAACAAGUUGAUGUUGGUGAACUGUCAAGAUAUAAACUGAUGGCUGGGAGAGCCAAACAGGAUAGUAAGAACAAAGAUGCUCAGAUUAAGAGCAUGGAAGAAACAAUUCAAUCCCUUGAAGCAAAGAACAAGGCUAAAGACCUACUCACUAUGAAUCUCCAAGAGAAGAUCAAAGAGUUGGAAGCACAGCUACUGGUUGAAAGGAAGAUAGCAAGGCAGCAUGUCGACAACAAGAUCGCCCAAGAUCACCUGCACCAGCAUCAGCAAAGCAUGAAACUAGAGAGCUCGCCGUACCUGACGAGGAGCCCCAUGGCAGAGAGGAACCUCAACUCCGCAGCAGAGAAACCGGCGUUGCACAAAGACCUCGGGAUCGCGAGGCAGAUGUUUUCCGACAGCAACACGGACACCUACAGCAUCAACCAGCUGAUGUCCAUGUCAUCGGAGAAGGAGAACAACCCUGACGGCGGCGCCGGCCAGCUGCAGGCCAGAAGAAUCUCCCUGUGUGAUGGAGCUUCAGCUUACCCGUUGCCUAACAAGGCAAGAAGGGUCUCGCUGUGCGGCGGAGCUCAGCAGCAGCAGCCGGCGGCUGCUCCCCGCCGGGGCUCGCUGAUCCCGCUGCCGCGGCGCAACUCGCUGAUGCUGCCUCUACCCACGGCAGCCAAGCCUGCAGCUGCGGCGGCGGCGGCGGCGGCGGUGGCGGGGCUGCCUCUCGACAUGAUCACGGAGCAGUGCUCCUCACCGCCGGUGAGCUCUCCCCCGGUAAUCACCCGCAACGACAGCAGGGGCGGAGGCGGCGGCCGGAGCAAGAGGAUCAUCAACAGCAUCUUGCGGCGUAGCCUGCAGAAGAAAGUGAUCAUCAGGCCGCCGCUAAUGGCGGCGCAGUCAGGGAGGAAGGCCGGCGCCGGCGUGGGUGCCACCGGCGGUGGUGGUGGAGGGAUGACGAGAGCGCGGAGAGUGCCGGCGAGCGGCGGCCGGGGAGGAGUGCAGCACAACAGGGACAAGGAGAGAGGGUGGAACAACGGGACCAGCCUCAGGCAACUCUAGCUUCUGACGAUGCAUCCAUUGUCAUUGUCAGCUCGGCAAAAUGUGAGAUCACUGAGACUUGUAGAUUGGUAGUGGUUCAGGUGUUCAUAGCUUUGUGGUGUGCUUGAGUUCUCGCGUAUUUUGUGAGAGAACUCUUCGGUUUGUUUCUUGUGUGUGUUCAUAGUUUGAUGAUUGGAUUGGUUGAUCUGACUGCCAGAUCUUGAUUGCCGGAGAGUGUUUGAUCUGGCGGUCAGAUCUCUAUUUACCAGUUUGUUUCCUCAGGUUUACGGAAUAAUUAACAUUUUGUCACUCU